GAAAGCCGUGCAGUCCACCGGACAUCGUGAAUGGCAACUUUGACUACACGACCAACCUCCUGUUCGGGGCGACAAUAACCUACACCUGUAACGUCGGGUACCGAUUGGUUGGGGAGCCGUCUGCACAAUGUGUACUUAAAGACAAUGAAGUUUCUUGGGAUAACAUUCCACACUGUGCCCCUAUUCCCUGUUCACCACCUCCCGCGAUCGAGAAUGGGCGGCUCGUCAAUGGGGACGGAGACUUUAUCUUUGGCAUGGCUGUAACCUACAUCUGUGAUGAAGGUUUUGCUACUAUUGGAGAUGCCACGAUUCACUGUACGAUGGAUGGUAACCUCGAGGGAAUGUGGAGUGGUCCAGCCCCUGAAUGCAAAGUGGUCAGAUGUGAAAAUCCAGAGGUGAAAAAUGGGAGAAGGUUAUCUGGCUUUGGCACUGGACACACAUAUAAAAAUACGGUGACCUUUGAGUGUAAUCCUGGUCAUUUAUUGAAUGGUAGUAGUAUAGUUACUUGUGAAGCAGAUGGUACCUGGAAGCCACCUCUGCCAACAUGUGACCCAAUCCGCUGUGGUCCUGCCCCACGCUUCCCUUUUGCUGAGGGCGAGAGGGCUGUGGGUGACAGCUCUCUUGCUGGAACUAAGCUGAGGUAUCGGUGUAAGCCGGGUUACACCGCAGCGAGCGGGAAGUCCUCUGUUGUCACUUGUCUGAGUGAUACAACCUGGUCCGCAGACCCAGACUUCUGUAUUCGGCAGCAAUGUCCUCCUCCCACGAUCGAGAACGGGGAUGUGAUUGCAGACAAUUUCCUGUUUGAGACAGUUGUGACAUUCACCUGUCGCCCCGGGUAUGAAUUAAAGGAGUCAUCUUCUGCCAAAUGUGUGGUAUCAGGAAAUGGAGUUGAUUGGGAUACAGCAUCUCCGUACUGUGAAAGACAGCACCCAGACGUUGUCUGUGGAAAGCCACCUACGAUUGACAAUGGGGUACACAACGGUUCAAAGGGCACAGACUUUGUCCACGGCUCCACUGUAGCUUAUAAAUGCAAUGGCGGAGCAAAUGGGAUCACUGUUGGAAUCUUCCCCCUCCUCCUGGCAAUGCUGGUUAUCAAUGUCUAG